CUCCAUCCGUCUUGCGUCUUCCACGCAUCAAAUACGUCCUCAAAAUAAUCCUUACCUAGACGGCGACGGCGGGUGGGCCGACGGCAGGUCGGAGGGUGGCGACGUAAACAGAAGCAAAAGAGAAAAAGCGCGUUCUGACAAGCGAAUCAGUGUUUAAGAAUACGGGAAUAAUUCCUAGGGACCAACUGCCUUAGAAAUAUGAUGUCCCAUGGAAAGAAUUCAUUGCUGCCCCCAAAAAUACCAUUUCCUAGUGUAUCGCCUUCAUUUUCCGAUUAUAUACCUAGUUCAGCAGCAGUUGGUUCGAGAGCUCUUUCAAAGAUAAGAGAUGGAAAUUCACAUCAGCGGACUUCAUCUGAGAGUUUUCUUAUAGAGGAGCAACCUUCUUGGCUUGAUGAACUCCUAGAUGAGCCAGAAACCCCUGUGCGUAAGGGAGCUCAUCGACGCUCAUCUAGUGACUCCUUUGCAUACAUUGACACACCUGGGAAUUAUGUUGCCCCAGAUAAUAGAAAGUCUAACAGCAUUACACCAAUGUCUUCCUGGGGAUCUCAAGAGUUCGACAUGUAUAAAGUUUUAAGGCCAAGUUCGUACCAUACAGACACACCUGUGAAUUCAGUUCCUCCUCCUUGGGGCCUUACAUCUCCUAGAGACACUGCCAAUGUUCUGAACUCUGGAUUGAUGAGCACCUCGCAUGGUGCUGAUAGGAUUCCAGCUUCAUUGGCUGAGACUCAAGAUCCAAAAGGCUCCUUUGAGAACAAAGAUCAUACCCAUGCAAAGUGUUUGGCAUCGGAAGCAGACACAAAGCGUGCGAAACAGAAAUUCGCUCAACGUUCACGUGUCCGGAAGCUGCAAUACAUAGCUGCACUUGAGAGAAAUGUCCAAUCUCUAGAGGCAGAAGGGUCUGGAGUUUCUGCCGAGUUUGAUUUUCUUAACCAGCAAAAUAUGAUCCUGAGCAUGGAAAAUAAAGCACUGAAACAUAGGCUAGAAAGCUUAUCUCAGGAGCAACUUAUCAAGCAUUUGGAGCAUGAAGUAUUGGAGAGAGAAGUAGUGAGACUACGGAAUCUCUAUCAGCAGCAACAACUGCAGCGGGUGCAACAGGUGGCUACGUCUGGCCAUCAACGUGCCAAGAGCAGACAUCUCGACCAACAAUUUGCUGAUCUUUCCCUGAAACACAAGGAAGCUAGUCCUGAGUGCUGACUCGACCCUCUACUAACAGCUCUUGCCAUUUACAGUAAAACGGAUUCCAUCCCCGGGAUGAGAGACAGGGAGGGUAGUAAUGUAGUCCUCUCUACCCUGUUGCUUCGUUUGCGCGUGUCUUCCUUUUUGAACUACAAGCUGGAUGGCUGGACCUGUCUAUUAAUCCCCUGCUACACUUGCUUCAAUUGCUUGUCUUUCACUUUUGACCUUAACGGCUUCAAUGUUUUCAUGUACUAAAGGUUAGUACCCCCCCGCCUGCUCGCACCUGGUGGUCUGCCGGAAUGUAGGAGUUUUCUGGCCUGUGGCCCGCCUGAGGUGGUUAUUCAGGUAUAAUUUGAUGCUACACUAUAAAUACUUGUAUGUUUAGUGAUUAUUGUUUC